AUGCAGAACUACGUUCGCAGAGCGGCGUUGGCUUUGAGAAGCGGAGCCUCUUCUUUUGUGGUCAACGCGCAACAACGUACCACCAGCGUGAACAACUUUCCCGUGAGAGCGUAUGCGGCUUCCGGGGAAUCUCCGGUUCCGUUGAUAUCCACCGCGGUUGGAUCGAGAACGACGUCCCUGGCGGAAUGUUUCCAAAGAUUAUCGCAAAUCAACGCGGAGAUUAAAGAGUCUCGUCAGCUUCGUUUAGGAGGGAAGGAGGUGAAGAUGUUUUUGACCGUCGGGGCGACGGAGGCGGAUUUGAAGAAGGCGCUCGACUCCAUGGAAUUUUCAUACGUGGAAGUCGAAAAGGCGAGAGAUACGAUGCAAGAUAUCAAAGGACCGUACUGCGAAACGUCGCCGCUGUUACCGUUCGUCAGGAGGAUUCAACUCAGAGCGCCGUACACGAAGGCGAUCGAGAUGAAGAUUACGGAUUUGAUGUGCAAACAAGGCGUCACGAUAUCGCACCUCGACCAGUAUCGCAGCGGGAAGGAUAUCAUAAUGGAAGGUAUCGCGCACAUGCCCACCGGAGUCGCGGAGUUCCCCAAGCUCGACGAGGCGAUUUUCGUCCAGAAUCUGGAGAAGGAAGGGAUCAUGGUGAAGGAGUUUUCGAAGAUUGUCGGGAAUCCGGUGAACAAGUAA